AUGCAACGUGUUUGUUCCAUAAGUGAGGACAGGGUGAUUGCAGAUUUUUUCGAUGACGUGCCUCCAAUAGAAGAAUUGAGUCGUAAGAUAAAGUUUUUGCUUCUAUAUCAAAACUUUGUUGUUAGUGGCACACAAAUUCUACCAUCAAACGUCAUUGAAGUUGGGGGUUUUCAUGUGGCCAAAGCAAAAAGAUUACCAACGGACCUUAAAAAGUUUAUAGAAGAGUCAAAAAAUGGAGUUAUUUAUAUAAGCUUUGGAACUAUUCUGAAUGGGUCAUCUAUGCCACGAAGAGCUUUUGACGCAAUACUGGGAGCUUUGAAAGAAUUACCCCACAGGGUUGUAUGGAAAUGGGAAAAAGAGAUACCUGAUAAUCCUGAUUUUAUUUAUGUGUCUAAAUGGAUGCCUCAAAAUGACAUAUUAGCACAUCCCAAUGUUAUUGCAUUCUUCUCACACUGUGGACAGUUAGGAACUACAGAAGCUGUACAUCAUGGAGUUCCCAUUAUCGGCAUGCCAAUCACAGCAGACCAAUUUUCAAACGCAGCUGCUAUCGAAGAAAAGGGUCUUGGUGUUCAAGUGGAUCUUAAUGCUAUCACUAAGGAGUUGUUAUUAGAAAAAUUCAAAAUCAUUUUAAAUCCCAGGUUCAAAUCUCAGGUCGAAAAUAUAUCUAAAAUGUGGCAUGAUCGACCAGUCUCAGCCAUUAAUACUGCAAUACAUUGGACGGAAUUUGCUGCACGAUAUCCAAACUUCACAUACACCUCGCCGAUAAUCGACAUUGCAAUGUAUCAGUACCUAUGCUUAGAUGUCAUGUUAAUAAUUUGUGUAUUAUUCAUCUCGCUUCUGUAUAUUAUGAAAUGUCUGUUUAUAGUAUGGAAAAAGUCGAGAAAAUCACCGAAUACAAAAAUAAAGACAUCCUAACUUUCACA